AUGGAUUCCCCAAGAGUAUAUUUUCAGACGAAACUCGGGUUUCUCCUCGCGGUGAAACGAGAGGCUUAUCAAAGCGACAAUGCCUUUCCCGAAUUCGCACAUCGUUCAGGCCGUCCACUCGAGACACCCCCUGCAGGAUAUUCCAAAAUACCAAAGAACGUCGAGAAUCGCCAAGUUGCAGACCAGCAUCAUCUUUUCCGAGCCCAAUGGGCUAUUGAGCAGCUUGAGAUUGAAAUCCAGAAAAAGGAGCUCAAGUCCUGGACCGUUGAGUUCGAUCCACUUGUUCAAGAACACCAGUCUAACCACUACGAAUGGGUAGGCCUCAAACUGACAUCUCCCGAGUACCUUGCGAGUACACACACCUUGGAAACGGGCCUGUUUAAUGUUAUAGGCAUCCUUAACAAGAACUUUCUCACUGUUGCGAAUUCGGAGACACGUCUUGGGGUCACCGUGAGACUUGCAGGAUUAUACGUCAAUGUCAACCAACUGAAGGCCAUUGCAUCUAUGAUUUGGAUGGCUGAUCCUCUAUUGAGCGAGAUCCAUCCUUCUCAUUGUGGACCCGGUGCUCUCUCUUCCCUCGGUCUGCAAUACACUAACCUCGUAAGAGACUAUCCUAUUCAUCUGAAAACAGAGCUGGCCUCCAGUAUUCAGAUUGAGGACCCCUGGAAUAACCAUCUUUCCCCUAACCGACGCCCGUUGGAAACUCUCCCUCAUCCCGGAGAACUGAAACAGGCAAAAUAUCGCCAUGGAGCUGAUAAGAUCCUUAACGCUGACACAAUCGAAGGUCUUGUUCAUCUCUUGAAUGUCGAAGUUCAAGACAUCAGAGAUUAUCCCCAAGCACGGCCUGCCUAUGGCUUCCAGGUUGAGAGCGCUACAAAACACUUCAUUCUCGACUUUAACCAGCACUGCGGAAGUCUUGACUUCGAUGAGAUAAUCAACUGGACUGCCUUGUGCGUAAAGAUCUUUCUGUUCUGCCUAGGUAGGUCUCACAUAUCAUUUUUCGAAGCAUAUCCUGGACUCGGAUAUACCUCUGACAUCUACGACUUUCUCACCCAGCACAAUUUGAGCCUGGUCUCCGACUACUAUAAGAAGAAGCCGAUAUCCUUAAAGGUAACGGAUCUUAAAGAUUGGCCUUUAGUGAAAAGUACUCUAGCCCACGACGAGUCAAGGCCAAUUGUAAGUCCACAUUGGCCUUCAACCCGUUCGCUUCCUUCACCCUUUGCCGAGUUUGCACUCAGAGCUCUUAACUGGGAGAGUUCUGAAAAGAACACAGGCAGAAGCACUUAUUCCUUUGGUAUUGAACUUGAAAUGUAUAUGCCAGCAGUGCCGCAAGGCAUCACUACGUUACAGACGUCCCCUGUAUCCGGCUCACCGAUUGACUCCAAUAACAUGUCAGCUCCGUUGAUAGACUUUUCAGACUCUUUCGAAUGGUCCGAUCCCCAUCCAGAAGACGACAGGAAGAUCGGCAGUGGAUCUUUCCAUCAGAUGGCUGCCAAUGUCGCGGAUUUCAUCUCAUCAAAGGGACUGUUGACACUGUUGCAAGACCAUUCUGUUGAGUGGGGAACGCAUGUAUGGAGAAACAAGCUCAGCAAGCAUGGAGUCGUUCCAAUAAGCGGCGUCCGGCCUCCCCAUCAAACUUGGACCAUUCUGGAUGAUGCCUCGCUCACACCUUGGGAGGAUUGGGCAGGGUACUGGAAGCUGGCUGGCCUAGAAGUUAUAAGUCCUAUUCUCAGAGACACGCCAAAGGGUUGGGAGGAGGCUCUUGACAUGGUUGGCAUUCUUCGAAACAAUUACAGGCUGGCAGUGACCAGAUCAUGCGGCUUCCAUAUCCAUGUGGCCAAGGGGACCGAGCCUCUGUCGCUUCAUCUCUUGCGCAAAAUCAGCGUUCUUAUGUAUUGUGCGGAGAAUAUGAUUUACCGUCUUUGUCAACCAGAACGAAGGAAUAACCGCUGGACAAAACAGCUCAUGGGAGGUUCCACCUUAUCUUACGCCUUCAUGGACUCAUGGACAAGGAUUGAUGUAUCCAGUGACUUUGAACAGUACAUCCCGGUCGACAAGAUUGUCGAUAGUCAUGUUUUGGGCUGUUUGAAGAAGCUGUGGGCGACCACCACUGUAGUCGAGCUUCAGCGCUGGUUAAAGCCCGACUAUUUCGACGGAAGAAGCUGCAUCAGGAUCUCUGAAUUUGAGGAUUCGCCCAAUUUUUCGAACGAGGUACGUGGUGGGACUGUUGAGUUCCGCUAUCUCGAAGGGACUCUCGAUCCUGAACUGAUUCUUCGAUGGGGCCAGCUAAUGGUAUCUCUGUUCCAAUUCGCAGAUCUUGCUACUCCUGAAGCAUGGGGGGUAUUUAUACCGACCGUACUGCAGUGUCAAGAAUCAGGUCAUUGUGACCUGAACAUGCUGAGGAUGUUUUUGAUGCUUCUUGGUUUGGGCAGUGAUUACGACUUCUGGACAACUCGAAUCGGCAAGUUCUCUCAGUCGCCAGUCGAGGGCAGAGAAAGAGAGCCAGGGAAACGGCCGGGUGAAGAUCAUGAGAUCCAGCCCCGUGUCGAUGAAUCUCAAAUGGAUUCUCUACGAAAGAAUGUGUGUCAAAGACAGAGAACUCUCCCUUGCUUAAUCCAAAGAGAGAGGCCAACUGACGAACCAAAGUCUCCGACUGACCCAGAGAGCCGAGCCCAGAUUCUACUGGAGAAAGCUGGCUUUACAGGUAAGCAAGUUGAGAAGGGAUCCAAAAAUGCUAACGAGAAAGGACUCGGACAGAGUAGGGCAAAGGCUAGACCCUCAACGCAGUCUAGGGAGGGUGGUUCGCAAGGAGCCGGGGCUCAAUUGCUCAAGAUUCUUAAAGCGAGCCGUGACCAGGCAGAGAAAGAUGUGCAGUCGUACUAUGGCAAAUAA